GUGAGCGAGAGCGAUAUUGGCUCUGCUCAAUCGCAUGACGCUGCUGCAUCGCACGAAAAAUUUGCGAUGGGAAAGGAUCGAUGGAGUCGCAGCAGAGGCAUGAGAUUGAGCCGUGCCAAUAUCACUGGUGUUUUUCGCUUUCUCGCGGCUACAGUUGUAGAGCACUCUAUCGGCCAUGAGCACGCCGCCGUCAAGGCGCUCCAGUGGCUUCUCUCCGCAGAGCAUUGUCACAACGCUAGACAGAAGUUUGAGCCCCACGCUUAUCACUCUCUCCACUUGUUCUUCGUCAAAACUUGGCCCAGGCCUGCGAUGGGAUCGCUCCAGCUUUCUCAAGGAGGAAAAAAGUUUUUUUCGAUCACUCACCCAUUCCAGAAGGCUCAGGAUUCCAAAGCUGAAAACAUCUGCUUUGUCCGUCAAGAGGCACUCCGGUGCCAUAUAUCCCCUGCAAAAACAAAGUUUCGCCCAAAGUCCGCAAUCUUUGCCUCGAACCGUUUGUCCGAAAGUACCUUCCCGGCUUUGAUGUCUCUGUGGAUGAUUUUUCUCUGGGAAUCCUGGUGCAGGAAAGGCAAGGUUCUCCUGGAUCAGCCGGUACGUAAGUGGAGCAUUGUCAAAAGCUUUCAAGAGAUGGGCUUGGCCCUUACCAAACAGGACUUUGGCCAGGCUGUUGUUCUCCAGGAGCUCGAACACCAGCAGCCUUUAGAUUCCUCGGUGCCGUAUAGCUUGACCAGGUUCCGGUGCUGGACACUGCUUACAAGCCGGACCUCGUUGAGGAACUCGUGUUUUCCUUUUCGCAACUCCGUGGUAGGUCUUUUGAUGUCUAUCUUUCUACCGUCUUGCAGAAUUCCCUGAUUAAAGAUCUUCUCGAUCAUACAAAACUUUUCCCAAGAUGGUUGCUCCCUGAUGAAUGCUCGUCCUUGUCCAACAAAUUAUAGAAAACGAGCUUCGAGGAUUUAAGUAUCGGUGCUUGAUCCUCAGGCAGCAGAAUAUCAUAAUUCCCAGCGAAACAGUCCCACCCGUGGCGACGCCGAGCACCAUCUUGAGAAUCGUCUUCCUGCUGCCUCUGGAUCCGGAUUCACGACUGAAGCUGCUGUAGAACAGGAAGGUGUCGAAACGAGCAUAGCAGGUCUGGAAGAGGAUGAAACCACUGGCACUGUGAGGACACCUCUCGGUGCAAGUUCUUCGUCGCGACGGCCAUGCAAGUGUUACACUGCUCGGCGCUCAUGUCCCGUCGACACUCGCGCAGCCCGAAGACUCGCGACUUGCCGUCUCCAGAAGUGACAGUGGUGGAAGAUCCAUGGCUAGACAACACCACCAUCGCGGAGUUUACAUUCUGGCCAUUAUACAAUAGUCUCGUCCAGGACGGAGAAGAAAGGAUGGUUAUCGUAGAUGAGGUAGCAGCCGUAGAGGAGGAUCCGAGCUUCAAAGCUUCCGGGGCUGGCGGCCUGGGCUGCGUCUUGGUCACAGGAAUCUCGGGACAGGUCCUGGCGGCACUGGAGGACUCCGUAAGCUGUGAGUUUGCCAUCGCGGCUGGGAGCGGAGCUCCGGAAGUGACCGGUGAGGGGGGCAGAAAUGCGAGAAGAUCGUCGAGAGCGGUGGAGUAAGAGAGAAGAAGUGGUGGUGCUCUGGAGUACUUCUCUCGGCCACAGUUCCAGCACGAGGACUCGAUCAGUGUGGCAAGCGUUUGAUGGUGGUGGGAGAAGAUGAAGCUUGUGAGGAGGAGCAUGGUGUGGAGGAGCGUCAUCUCAUUGCGUGAGUAAAUUGAUAUCGUUGACAAAAGGAAAAGAUUUUUAGGUUCUUCGUUAAAUAAAGAUUUUACUCUUCGCUCA